GCACGAUGGCUCCGUGUCCCCGCUCCGACGUGCCCCCCGGCCGCCUUCUGCUGCCACUGCUCUGCUGCGCCUUCGCCUCCGGCAGCGCAGCAGCCAUGGCCCUGCAGCCCCCCCGCAUCACCCGGCUGAGUACCCCGGCGCAGCCCCCCCAGAUGGGCAGCAACGUGAGCGUCUCCUGCGAGGCUGAGAGCGCUCUGCCGGAGCUGACGCUGCUCUACUGGUUGGGAAACGGCUCCUUCGUGGAGCAGCUGCAGCCCAACGUGCGCGAAGGGGCGGUGCGAGAGGAAACGUGCGGUUCUUUGGCGACCCUCCGCCGGGAUCUGCAUUUCACCCCUUUCAGCUUCCAGGACCUGAGCACCAACUUCACCUGUGUGGCGCUCAGCCCCUCCGGCGUGGAUAUCAGGAAGCUCCAAUGGGUCCCCUUCGGAGCCGACCCCAGCAACGAAGGGGGGGGAAUGGGCUGAGAGCGGGCAGAACUCGUGACGAGUGUGAGCCCAACAGCGUGGGGCCGAGGGCUGCCCCAUUGGCUGCUGUGUGUGGGGCUCCUGGGGGGGCAGAGGGGCUUCGUUAAAGUGACCGCCCGGUGAGCCGCGUGUGCCAGGCUGGGAGACGCAGCAAAUAAAAGCCACGAAAGCAA